UGCUACCUAAAUUUAAAACCGAAAACAAAAGAAAACUGCUAAAAUUCUUCCCUCACAUUUUCGCUCUUCUUUUGUCCUUCGAGAUUCCUUCCAACUUUCUUCAUCUUUGCGUUUGAAUGUCGAUGCAGUGAUGAAUUAAUCGUUUCUUUAUCACUUCUUUAAGAGUGGAUGAAUUGUUGAUGCAGUGAUAUUUCACUCAUAGAUAAAAUAUAUCCAUCCGUAAACCAGAAAAGAUUAAAAAAAAAAAAAAAUGGUAUAUCGCAUGUAUCUAAAACCACGCCACGCAGCAAGCAAAGCAAAGGCUGAGAUGUAAGGCAAAAGAUAGGACAUAGUGGUAAUUUCGUUGGAACUUUAUCUUCAAAAAAACAAAAAGAAAAAGCUCUGUAACCAAAAACGGCCACCUCACUCUGCAAUCUCUUAAACCCUAGCCAAACAAGUAUGCUUCUCCAGCCUUUGAAUCACCGGGUUUCUAUCUCAUCAACCUCUUCUUACUCUCGGGAACUCCCAUGCCAGAUUCCCCAGUUUAUCCUUUUCAAAACCCAAACUUACCAGAAGCUCCCAAUCACGUGCUCCAUGUCACAAAUCCAUAGCUAUGGAACCGUGGACUAUGAAAGAAGACGCAUGAUCAAAUGGAACGCUAUAUACAAGAAAAUAUCGUUCAUGGAGAACCCUGAAUUGGGUUCUGCCACUGUACUGAAUGACUGGGAAAAAGGAGGCAGGAGGCUCACUAAAUGGGAGCUUUGUAGGGUUGUUAAGGAGUUGCGGAAGUACAAGCGUUACAAGCAAGCUCUCGAGGUGUAUGAGUGGAUGAACAAUAGAGGAGAGAGGUUUAGAUUUUCUUCUAGUGAUGCUGCAAUUCAGUUAGACCUUAUUGCUAAGGUGCGCGGAGUUUCAAGUGCUGAAGAUUUCUUCCUUCAACUCCCUGAUACUUUGAAGGACAAGAGAAUCUAUGGAGCUCUUCUGAAUGCCUAUGUGCGGGCUAAAUUGCGAGAUAAGGCUGAAUCUUUAAUUGACAAUAUGAGGAAUAAAAGAUAUACCUUGGAUCCCCUUCCAUUUAAUGUGAUGAUGACUCUAUAUAUGAACCUCAAGGAGUAUGAUAAAGUUGAGUCCAUGGUUUCAGAAAUGAUGGAAAAAAACAUUCGUCUGGAUUUAUAUUCCUACAACAUCUGGUUGUCAACUUGUGGAUCCCAAGGAUCUGCAGAAAAGAUGGAACAAGUAUAUGAGCAGAUGAAACAAGAUCGAAGCAUCAUUCCAAACUGGACAACAUUUAGCACAAUGGCAUCAAUGUACAUUAAGAUGGGACUGCCUGAAAAAGCUGAAGAAUGCUUGAGAAAUUUGGAGGGUAGGAUCACUGAUCGGAAUCGUAUACCAUAUCAUUAUCUUAUUAGUCUUUAUGGUGCUGUUGGUAACAGGGAGGAGGUUUAUCGGGUAUGGAAGGUUUACAAAUCUAUUUUCCCAAGAAUUCCAAAUUUGGGUUUUAAUGCCAUGAUCUCAUCUCUGGUUAUGGCUGGUGAUAUUCAAGGGGCAGAAAAGAUUUAUGAAGAUUGGCUGUCAGUUAAAACAUCUUAUGACCCUAGAUUAGCAAAUGUUCUCAUGGGUUGGUAUGUUAAAGAAGGAAAAUUGGAUAAAGCUGAGAGUUUUUUCAAUCACAUGGCUGAAAUAGGAGGAAAGCCAAAUUCAAGCUCAUGGGAGAUUCUUGCUGAAGGGCAUAUUCUAGAGAAGAGAAUUGAUGAGGCUCUAUCUUGCCUGAAGGAAGCUUUUGCAACUGAAGGCUCAAGAAAUUGGAGGCCAAAGCCCAAAAAUGUUUCUGCUUUCUUUAAUCUGUGUGAGGAAAAAGCGGACAUGGCAAGCAGGGAGGUUUUGGUGAGAUUGUUACGGGAGUCAGGAUAUCUCAAAAAUGAAGCUUAUGCAUUGCUUGUUGGCUUAUCUGAAGGAGCUGUUGGUGAAAGUGAAUUGCCGAUGGACAAAGAUAGAAACCGCAGUUAUAGUUCCAGUGAUGAGAAUCAGGAUGAUGAUUCUGAGUUUCUUCUCAACCAACUGCAGGGCAGUGUGUGAUGACCCUUAUUUGAAUCUUAGGUGGUGGGAAAAUUUUUAUCUAUCUUUUAAUGGAAGUCAUGAGUUAGGAUAUCCACUGAUGGCUCGGAUGGUGGACUUAAUAGUUAUUUGUCCAUGCAUUUGUGCGACCUUUUCUAUUUCUCCUGUUCUGGAUGUAUGAAUUUCCAUUUUAAGCCAGUGUAGCUGCUUAAGUGGCAGAGUUUUAUCCCAUUUGUGGAAGCGAUACAGAUAAUUUACCAUGUUCAUGAUUUAGGAAUCCAGAUAUUAAUCAGAUUGAAAUUCUACAUAUAUUAUUAUCAGAUCAGCUCGUAAAUGAGAAAUACAAUCCUUUAAUU